GUCACAAAGAGGAUAUGCUUGAAGUCUUGGCAAAGCCAGAAACAGUUAACAGUCAGACUGCAUCUCAGCCCCGUCAAGAUGGAUCUCCAUAACAGGUGAUGAAUAGUUUUAUUUGGGGGAUAUAUUAACUUUUACUACUGGGAAAAAGUUUUAGAUUGGUUUGCCAGUUUGUAACCCAUCAAGUUGAGGCCAAUAGAUAUACAUUCACAGCUCUGUAUACAUCAAAUAAUCAACUUUAUGUGUGACUUUGGGACGGAUUCAUACAUACCACAUUUCCUUUCUCAAGAAAAGUUGGAAGGUGUGUAAUUUGAAUGGCAAUUGCUCUCUGCUCCCUGCUGUCAGGGUGCUGUCAGCAGAUCCUGGCUAAUUGCCCAGGAAAGUAUAAAGACAAGGAAAAGUUUCAUAGUCCUUUUUAAUUUCAAUCUUUACAGAGAGAGGCUAUAGAACCUAACCUCUUGGAUGACAGUGGUGUCCCAAGUAAAUCUCCACUCCCCAUCUCUCCCACUUCCUCAUUUGUCACUUCUAUGGGUGCCCUCUGUCUUUGAGCUCUUUGCUCUCCUACUUUUAAGGCUCACCGGGUUCUGGGAGAUGGAGGGUCUGGAAUGAUUUCUAAUGAUAACACCUCAGCCAGGUGUUGUCUGCCUUUCUCAUGAUUUCCCAACUUCCCCCCUCAUUUGCCUCCAAGCUGCAACCUUCCUUAACCCCUUGUUGUAAAUCCUCCUCCUCCCUGGAAGGGUCAGGAUGGGAAGGCGGUCUCCACCAUUCCUCCUCUGCCUAGUCCCUGACACUCCAAUAUCAUCACCCUUGAUAUACAUAAACUGUGCGGCUGAGAGAAAAAGAAAUUUCUUAAUCCAAACCCCCUUUGGUUAGACUGUAGCAACAUGAGACGUGUAUAUAAGACAAUUUGCAUAUGGGGAAUUAUUCCAUAUAAAUAACAACCCUAAAUGCAUCUGUGCAGCAGGUUCUAUUGAUUGCAGUGAGAUUUACUCAUGAGUAAGAGGAUUUCAGCCUGAAACUAGUUAGUCAAUUUUAUUGGAAGCUAUACAAUCCAGUUUCCCGCCCCGACUGCAGUAGCACAGUCAGAAGGUGAAUGACAGUGCUGGUAUAUUGCACUAUAAAUAAAUAAUAAUGUUAAUCUUAAAGAGAGGGGGAGAGUGGCAAUUAUAGCUUAGCCUUUACAUUUAGCGUGCAUAGCCUGUGGCAUUUUAGAAUCCAUUGGUGUAUGAAGGAUAAAUUGCAUUCUAAAGCUGUUGUUCUUAGCUUAUAAUUUAGGCGAGAGUCACAUAUACGUUAAAUAAAACGGAAAGAGGGGGAGCGUACAUGCAGGACCAGAUUAAAACAACUGGAGGCUCUGGGCUGGGAGACAAUGGGAGGCCCAAACUUAAUAGCAUCUGACCGUGAGAAACAAAACUUUCUUCUUUUCUUUAUCUACUCAACAAAAGUAGAACAUUGCUGGGGGAAAAAAUUGUUUAUAAAUUUAUAACCUUUACUAUAUUUGCAAAAGUAUGGAAUUAUUGAAGACACAUAUAGGGGAAUCAUAUCUUUGUUAUGACAUUAUGUCAUGUACGAAGUCGGAACAAUUUCUUUCAAGCACUUUUGGAUGCAAAACUAUCAAUUAUAUCAUUAAAAUCAGUUAAGUCACAGGUUAUCAUUUUCUGUGCAGAGAAUGCUUAGUGCAGACAACCGAUCUUGGAAAUUGUUACUCUGGAAAUUGAUAUCAUGCCAGUACAGUUUGUAACCAUUAAACACAGGAGCAAUCUGGGUCCCCCCCCCCAAAAAAAAAAAUUCUCCUGGAAUUUUAUUUGUUACACACCUUGGGGGCUGAAAUUUUCUUUUUCAGGUGAGCUUGUUUGACUUACAGGUGGAAGUGCAAGAGUUAAUUGACUAGACUAAGGUCAACAUCCUUUGGAUACUCUGGCUCAACAUCACAACACCAUUGUGAAUCUGUUCCUUGGUUGCUUGCAGGUUCACCAUGUUGAAGAAGGUUUAUUUUUGCCCAGGAAAAAUGUAAGUGCCGAUUGCUUCCACCUGGCCAGAUCUCCAUGGUAGCUGCUGAACCUGUAACUGGUAUCUGGCCAGGAUGUGAUUGUCUUGGCUAUAUAAGGAAGGCUAGACCAGCAACGUCUGUCUGCUGCUCAAAAUUUCUGCUGUGUGAUUCCUACCUCCUGGUUACUGCUGGACUAUGUGUUGUGCAUGGAACUACAUUUGAACAUGCAGUCUAGAUGUGGACUUUGCUGUGAGUUUUGCAGUGCAGGACCGGAAGGUGCCAAGUCUCUAUCUAAAGGAGUACAGUGGUAUCUUGAUUCUCAAAUGCCUUGGUACUCAAACGCCUUGGUUCCAAAACACUGAAAACCCGGAAGUAAGUGUUCUGGUUUUCAAACGUUUUUCAGAAGCCAAACAUCCAAUGUGGCUGUCGGCUAUUGUUUCUGGGGCGCCUGCACCAAUCAGAAGCUGGGCCUUGUUUUUCGAACAUUUCAGAAGUCAAACAGACUUCCAGAACAGAUUAAAUUUGGUGCUUUUGUUUUUGCUAUUUAUCUUGCGUUUUUGUUUUUGAGGCUUUUUCGGUUAAUUUGUUUUUGUGACUGUGUGGAACCCUAUUCAGCUACUGUUUGUUUGUUUGUUUGUUUGUUUGAUUGAUUGAUUGAGUGACUGCAGAAAUGGAUAAAACCCCCUUCAUCCAAACAAUAACUAUCAUCAGUGCAGGUAAUGAAUUAUUAUUUUUUUAAAAAAAUUAUCAUAUACAAUACUGUCUUAUCUUGUCUUGUGAAAUAAAAUAAAAUACUUCCUGCUUAAGUAGUUGCACGCAUAGGCUGUUUUACCAUCAAACAUUGCUUUGAGUGAAGCCCGUUAUUCUUUUCAUACCUUUCAAAACUAGUUCAUUGUGUUUGGACUUGGACUUGCAGUUAUGCAUCUUACAUCCAUACCAUCAUUCUUCAUUUUCCAUAAAACUAAGACACUAUUUCCCUGUGUGAAAGCCUAGUUGUCCAUCAGCACUUUUACUGUCCAAGUAUUUUAUCUGACUUGAUUGACUUGCUACAUCUCUCUCUCUCUCUCUCUCUCUCUGAAACAUAAAAAAUGACCUCUUCUCCAUCCCUCUGGGAAGAUCUGGUGAAUCUGAGGCGCACAUGCAUUAGCAAUUCAGUCCAUUACUUUCAAUAUUGCUUUUCGGGGGUGAACAUUAAUAUCCUGUGAAUAAAAUAAAUGAAGUCCCUUAUUCUCUAGUUCAGUACUUAAUGCUGUUUUUAAAAAUUAAAUAACUUUUGCACAUGUGGUUCUUCUGCACUUACACAAAUACCAACCGCAGGGAAAAUGCAGUAUAUCAUUCUAAAUGAGAAAACAUAAAAGGUACCUGGAAUGCUAAAAACAUUACUAAACAAGAAGGAUUCUUCACAGUUCUCUUAAAGAGCCAUGAAUUUUAAUCUAUAUAUCCAUAUCAGUAAAGGGAAAUUAUGAAACUGAUAAAUUCAUGCUGUCUUUUAUCAGGGACGAAAAGGAGCCACGUUAGACAGCCAUACAUCUUCUGGAGUUGCCGGCAGUCUCAUUAGUGUGCUGUGAUAUUCAUUAUAUAGAACAUCAUAAAGAUGAAAGCUUUUAAAUGAGAAAGUAGCUUUCAGUUCUAUCACCAUAAAGCAACUAUGAUUUAUUAUUCAAAUUGAUAUAAGUACUACGAAGGGUAAGUCAGGAUGCUGACUUGCAGGGAGGACUUGAAGGUAUUAAGCUAGAACCCAAACAGUUUGCUUGAUUGACAGGAACAUUGGUGCAAUUCCAGGUCUUACUGUGCCAUUAACACAUUUGCUGACUGUGGCAAGCAAUAUAUUCCCUGUCAAAGAAAAGAACAGGUGAACAACUGGCAAUAAAUCCCAGUAUAAGGGAAUACCCUAUGACUGGUCUUUUAAAGGAUAGAAGAUCACAGAACAUUCAAUAAGAAUAAACUCUGGAAAACCACAUCACCAUUAAUAUUUCUUUUGACCAAGGUGCAUAGGACAUCCUCAUGAUUCUCUUUCUCUCCAAUAAUGCUGUACCCAUGCUGUGUUCUCCAUUAAAAGAGAGCAGGGGACUUUAUUAUUAAGGCAUUGUAAGAUGUAUGGUAUGACAGACUCACAUUAUUGGAGAGGGACGCGGGCAGCGCUGUGGUCUAAGCCACCAAGCCUCUUGGGCUUGCCGAUCGGAAGGUCGGGAGUUCGAAUCCAGGGUGAGCUCCCGUUUCCUUGUCCCAGCUCCUGCCAACCCAGCAGUUCAAAAGCAUACCAGCACAUAUAGAUAAAUAGGUGCCACUGCGGCACAAAGUUAAACGGCAUUUCCGUGCUCUCUGACACUCAUCAUGGUGUACUGUUGUGCCAGAAGCAGUUUAGUCAUGCUGGCCACAUGACCCAGAAAGCUGUCUGUGGACAAACGCCGGCUCCCUCAGCCUGAAGCGAGAUGAGCGCCGCACCCCAUAGUCAAGUUUGACUGGACUUAACCAUCCAGGGAUCCUUCGACUUAUUGGAGAAGUCAUAACAUAAAAAUAUCAUGCAGAACUUUAUAUAGUAAAACCUUUCAAAGCAUACGGAGGCUUACUUGCUAAUAUUGCUAAUGCUGCAGUUUCUUCCAUUCCUCUUAAUUAAGGGCUAUGCUUAAUUAAUGAAGGACAAGGGUUUAUUUCUCUCUCUUGCCUUUGUACCAGGCUUUUAUAUCCCCCUCCCUGGAUCCUCUUCAUUAAGUCUCUGCUGAUGCAGCAGUGCAGCUGAUGAUGUCAUUAGCAUGCAUAAAUGUGGACUGGGCUUGGGCCUAGUGAGAUGUGCCACUGCCAUCUUUUUGGAACCCACUGCUUGGGAUGGGUACAUCAGUUCAUUUUGGUUCAUCUCCAUUUCUCAUUUGCCUCCAUACCCUCCAACAUCCUGCUGCUCAAAAUUGGGACACUUGGGGUUUUUUUUAUCCCAAUCUCUGGCAGGAGCCAACUGAUUUUGCUUAAUUUUGUGCCCAACUAUUUAAGGUUUACAAUCUUGCCAUUCUCUGGGUCUGAUCACCUGAGCACCUGGUGGUGUUUAACGUUACAUAUUAUGAUGCUGUCUCUGUUACCUGCGUCAGUCAACUUUCUGAAGGCACAUCUUUCCCCCCGUCUUUCCUUGAUUAUUAAAAAUAGACACUGUCUUGUGUACAUUAUAAUGCUUUGUUGCAUUUCUGUACCUUUCAUUGCUGUUCUUAGUAGUUGGUAUCAACGGUUUAAUUGUCUAUUUUGUGAUAUUUGUGCUUUUAAAAUGUGCUAUACACAACUUAGAUAUUAUAUAUAUAUUAAGCGGUAUCAAGAUAGUCUUAAAUAAAGGAAUAAAUUAUUAUGAUAUCAUUGAUCUACAUCAUCAAGCCACAAAUACAUUUGAAGUUAUUAAGGGGUCCCCUUUACUUUGAAAUAGCCUUCUAUAUAUUCCACCCCAGGGUUGAAGUGGUUUUGCUCACCAAUACUUGGGGCAUACUGGGAGACCAUGGUUCAAAUAUCCACUUGGCUGUGAAGCUCACUGGGUGUCAGGAAUGAGCCAGCUCCAAGCGAAGGUUUGCAGCCAACUGCAGCAAGCAGCCAGGAACAGAGAGUCUUUGAUAUUAGUCAGGCAGGGGAGAGCCGGCAGCUGCAGACUUCAGCUCUUCCUGACCUUGAUAUUCCAGCUGAUAAGACAGUAGCUGAGAGCAGGCUAGAACGCAGUCAAAGCUCACCAGAAGCACAAAUAGGCACGAAAGAAUUCAGAGACAGCCUGUCGGAAAAGGAAGUGGUGGGAGACGAUCCAUUAAUUCUGAGAAGUCGGCGAAUGGGAGGGUUGCAAGAUAGGAAGCAAAACAAAAGACGUACGGUUCAUAAGUUCAGUAUCUUCUGUCAACAUCAUAAGGAGUCUUCAGAAGGCUCAUCUUGAGUAAUGGUGCCAGAGGCUUUGUUAGAGCCGUCCGGAGCUAUCUGUUUGUUUUUUGCAAUAAAGCCAUCCUUUUAACUAGCUAUGCUUACUGUGUUAUCAAGCUGGGAACCUGGACUCCUGACACUGGGUGACCAUAGGCCAGGCAUAGGCAAACUUGGCCCUCCAGAUGUUUUGGGACUACAACUCCCAUCAUCCCUAGCUAACAGGACCAGUGGUCAGGGGUGAUGGGAGUUGUAGUCCCAAAACAUCUGGAGGGCUGAGUUUGCCUAUGCCUGCCUUAGGCCAACCACUGCCUCUUAGCCUAAACUACCUCACAGUUGUUGUGGGCAUUAAAUGAGGGGGGAAACCAUGUAUGUUGCCUUGAGCUCCUUGGAGAAAAAGGGGGGAUAUAAAUGUAACCAAUCAAUAUUUUCAAGAAGUGUCAAGAUGGGCAGGGUAUAAAUAAUAAAAUUAUUAUUAUUAUUAUUAAUGGGUUUUACAGAUACCAAUAAGAAGGUGAUUCACCCUAUGGAGGAAACAGGUCUCCACAAUCUAACCUUGGUAUAAAGAGGAGAAGCCCCAUCACAUCUUUCCUAAUCUGGGCAGCUGAAUUAUACUAAUGAUCAAUCAAUAUCAAUCGGAUUACAUGAAACACAUAGGCUCCAAUAUCACAGCUAUGUUCAAAGAACAAAGCUGAAAGGAGGUUGAAAAACUGAGGGUCUGGCUGAUUUCAACUGCAGGGGAGUGAACACAAAUUAGGAAUUGGUCCAAUAAGAUCUUUAUAGCCACUCCUCGCCAAGUAAUCAAGAGCUUAUAUGCUUAAAAUCUCUGUUCCACUUCCCAAUUAGAAAAGAGGUAAUUUUAUUCUAAAUCUUACUCUAAAAUUGGUUCAUAUUACAAAAUCUCAUUUUUGCAGCAGCACUAUAUGAAUAGUAAUAUCACAUUGCCACAACCUACAAAAUCACAGUAGUUUUCCAGCACAGAAAUAUGGUUAACAUUCCUCUUACCUAGGGUCACCUCUCUCACAUAUGCCAUUUUCAUACAAAUUGCUUAUAAAACAAGUGAGGGAAUAAGUGAAUUUUAACUAAACCCAACAGUAAAGUUGGCCCUCGCAAGAAAACUAUAGCAAAAAGUCUGUAAGUGGGCAGGAUCCAUAACCCCUUGGUUCUCAAGCCUGAAAUUUAAUCAAAUCCUGUCCUUUUAUAAAAGAGAGAGAGAGAGAAAUCCUUUUGGGGGUAUGGGGGAGGGUCUCAAAUUUUAAAGCUGCCCAGCACAAAAAUCCAAUUUGGCAGAUGAUAUCCAUUGUGUGCCAAGGCUCCGUGACCUGCAGUUCCCUAGUGGAUAAUAAACACACGGACAAAAGUAUUUAGGUUUAUAGGUUCAAAUAGGCCACAACUUUAUUGGUUACAGAUGUGUGUGGUUUGGCUUAGGCAUUGGGUGAAGCCAGGCUAUAUCUCGACUCCCACCCAUCUGCAGGGAGUCCAUCUAAGCGUAAACCACCAGUAGGGGGAUCCCUAUGACUUACAUCAAAUAGGGUCACCCUGAGAGGUCCCUGUUGGGGUUGUGGCAUGGCCCUAGCCCAUGUCUGGGCAUCAGACAGAAUCCACACCCCUAGAUCCCUUUAAUAUGAUACCCUUAUUAAGGAAGGGCAGGCGGAGGCUACAACCUCCCCUCCAUCGAAACAAAGGCUUACCCCAUGCCUAACCUCACUCAAGUUGUGACAAUUGCUACAAGGUAGGCGAAAACCCAAUGGCUGGUGUCAAUUUGCCAAGUGGGAAAAAACCCAACAAUAUGGCAGCUGUCAAUUGUCCAUAGCAAGGUCAUAUCAGAGCAAAGUAUGAAAAGAGGGUGGGUGGGUGGGUUGGGAGAUCCAGUGAAGGGUGCAAGACGAAGGCUCCACAACCACACUGCGGUUUAAGAUUCCUGCGGCCACACCUCUCACCGGCGCCGAUUGGGCAGCAGGGCUACCCCUGGGCAGGGUGAUGGCGACGUGGCCUGGACAGUGAUGCUGGCUCGUCAAUCUCCACCCACCCCGCACCGGAUCACUGCAGGGGCCCUGAUGCUUGGCUGCAACACCGCCCACCCAAAAACGUGAGCAGACCUGGUGCCGACAGAACUGUGGAAGGUACAAACCACAGAAAGAGCAGGGUGAAUAAUUGUUUCUGUACACUCAUAGUUCUCUCUAUAACAGAACAGGCAGCAAUGAUAUGUAUUGGUGACAAUGUAUUGUUGAUGCUGUAAAGGCAGCUCAACAGCAAGGGUGAACCCAGAGUGAUUCUACCUUACCUUUCCUAGGUAUCUGUUAUGCUCGGAGCAAUCCUGAACACAAGAACCUGGCUUGGAAAUCCACUCCACUUCCCAGUGGGGAGGAGUUGUGGUGGAACACGUGGCCACGCACUUCCCUCCGGGGGUGCGGGGACGAAGUCCCAUGUACCCCGGAGGUUCCCAGCCAUGCCAUUCACCUGCCAGCCAAUCCGCUGGUGGGGGGGGGCAUGGCCGGGCCCCAUUUAAAUAGAGCUGUAGAGCUUCCUUUUGGCUCACUUCCUUGUUUGCCUAAGCCAAUACCGCUCACAUUCUGUAACCAAUAAAGUUGUGGCCUAAAUUUGUCCAAUAACAUUAACCUAAUAUCUGUGUCCUUGUGUUUUAUUCAUCAACAAGGGGGUGGUCUCGGGGUCCCCACAUGCAGAAAGCAGGCAUAAAUUAAGCCAACACAAAGUUACAACAGAUCCAAAUUCCAUUGCAGAGAAAGGGUGCUGCUAGCUGAUCUGGCCCACACCUGUCUGAGGGAAUGCAAGCCUUUAAAAUAUAGUUUGACUUAUACCACUCCUGUUGCUGGCUUCUCCUAAAACUUAAGUUCCCAGAUCACGUGCUCAUUACUUUUUAAAAAAGCAAUGCAGAGGAGACACAUUUUAUGAGAUGAAUAUGAUAAGAUGGAGAUCAAUCAAAGUGCAGAUUCGAGAGUAGAACCUAAUCUGAUCCGUGAACUGGUUGAGAUGGUGCAGAUCAGGUGAUUCUGCAUUGCUUUUUGUCAAACUGGCACUCUGUCCCUACUGAGAUUGCAAGCUAAAUAAGCCAUGACUGCAUCAUUCCAAAUUGUGAAGAUUGUCCAUCACGCUAAUAGCUGGGGAAAAAAUGCUUUCUGUGAUGAGGAUGGAAAGAAAGGGGAAAGCAAUUACUACUGCAGGAGACUGCACAUCACAUUGAAACAUAGAAGCCCAGAGUUAAAGGAAGCAGUCAUUCCAGAGGACGUCAAUGUAGCUAUUCUUGUGCUCAUAGUGAGGUGUGUGCUUAAGUACCUUUGUGAUCUGUGGCCAUAAAUUGGACAAGAACUGUAAAAUUACUGUCUUUGUUUAAAUAGUUGAUUGUUACUCAAAAAGCAUUAACUGCAUUUUUAUGCUGAUGGCAAAAGACUUUAUAGAGAUAAUUAAAGAGAAGCUUCAAUUUUCAUUAUCUCCUUAAGCAUUCUCUUUCUGCAAUCCAGAUUAGAUUUAAUAGAGCUAUUUGCAUGCACAUUUGAUUGAUUUGAAGUUUUCAACCUAGAAACAAAUUGCCAUUGUUAAAAGUUAUUGACAUGCAUGUCCAAUCAUCAAAGAGCGCCAAAGGAAUGCUCUGGUUGAAGCUAAUGGGCCAACCAUUGGUGGGGAAGCUGUGAGGAUUACACGUCUCCCUUCCACGGUUUCCCUCCAUUUGCUGACCUAUUGAAAUACCAUUAGCAUUCUAACAAGACUCGCCCCCUCUGAGCUUUAAAGUCGAAUCAAUAGCUUUACUCCUGUACUAGUCACAGAUUGACUCAACUAAGUAGUGCUAAAGGGAUUUUCAUUGAGCUUAUGAAUUGCUACAUGUUUCAGCAGAGGAAUGGCCAGACUGGUUCCAGACAUUAUCACAAUCAAAUAAAAAACAAACUGAUGGGUUCAAAUCAUUCUUGCCAGACUUGUGACACACCAACACAAAUGUAGCCUGCUGGUUGAGUAUUGUUGACUUGCCUGACUCUACCUCCACCCUUUUGCCCCCUCAAGGAGGCAGAAUAAUGGGAAUCUUGUUGGGCCAGUCGUAAGCCAUGCCUGUUUCUUUCCAGUUCAAAAUAUAAUUUCCAAGGUCACCAUCCUUCAUCUGUUUACCUCCCACAUUUCCUCUUCAGGGUCUUUCUUUGAUGUUACCAAUCAAUCACCUCUGUCACUCUUGUUGGCAGUAGAUCUAAGCCUCUGUCAGAUCUCACAGCACAUUUUAGAAUAGAGAGGGUGGUGUGGGGAAAGGAAGCAACAGACAACUGCCUGUUUUCUCAUCUACUUCCCCAUUGGCUCCCCUACUCGGACCUUUGACCCCAGUUUCCACAGAAAAGUGUAGUGCUGUGAAAUGGUACAUAUGAUCCCCCCAUGGUAUUUGAUCUGUGUUAGUUCAUGGAUAUAUGAAAGUCACCUGAGGUCGUCCUCAUCAGUCACCCUCAUCAGCUGAGGAGCAUGCAUGUGUAGACUAACCCACAGACUAACAGGAGAUAACUCUGGUUUGAAGGACAUACAAAAUGCAAGCCUCUUCCUGGAAUCUUUCUUUCCCACUUAUCACAGACAUUUGAAGUUCUGGCUGUGAUUACUCCUCUUGUGGUGAGGUCUUUCUUGACCUUCUGAGGAGUCUGUGGUCUAGUCAUUGGAGACUGAUGACAGAGUUGUCUCUUUGGAGUCCAGGGGAUGAGAGGCAGGUGCUGGUGCCAGUGGAUCCACAUAGGGAAGAUCUCCUCCUCCCUGGAUCUACUUUGCAUCUCAGAAUUCCUGGUCAUGACAAUGUGCAGGGUUCUAAUUGCACAAGGAGCUGUACUCCUUGAUACAAAUGUUUGCUUGCUGAUGUGUGGAGCAGCAUAGAUUUAAGGGAGGAAGUGUAGCUAGUGAGAGUGGUUCUGCUUUCGUCCUUUUCACACGAGAGAAAAAUAUCUAAACUAGGAUUCAGUUGCCCUGAUUAUUUAAAUAUAGAUAAAAUAAAGAUUUUUAAAAACAAACAGACAUGAUAAAAUGUCAUUUUUCUUAAGCAAAAAAGUUUUAGACACCAAAAACAAGAUCCACAUGAAACAUUAAAAACAUAUCCAACACAUAUUUCAAGCACAUGUCUAUAUUUUAAGGGUGUUGAGGAGGAAAGUACAGUUUCCAGGAAGGCAUGUGCUUUACAGGAAGUUUACAGGAAGUCGUGUGCUUUGAAUAUGCAUUCAAUACAGUGGUGCCUCAGGUUACAUAUGCUUCAGGUUACAUACGCUUCAGGUUACAGACUCCACUAACCCAGAAAUAGUGCUUCUGGUUAAGAACUUUGCUUCAGGAUGAGAACAGAAAUCGUGCUCUGGCGGUGCAGUGGCAGUGGGAAGCCCCAUUAGCUAAAGUGGUGUUUCAGGUUAAGAACAGUUUCAGGUUAAGAACGAACCUCCGGAACGAAUUAAGUACUUAACCCACAGUACCACUGUAUAUGGUGUGGAUUCAUCCCAACCUGGACAAUGCCACUGACGUGUAGCAUGCCAAGCCAAUGGCUUCAAGUAGGACCUGAGCCAAUGGCUUCAAGUCACAAGAAAUCGAGUCCUCCUCACAGAGGGCACGCAUUGCUGUGAGCUCAUUAGGACUGACCUCACUGUUUGAGUGGGUGGGAGUGAUUGGAUAGCCACAACAACCCAAUUGGUGGUCCCUCAGUUGCUGGGCAGAUCUGGCCAAUGAGGAAUUUUGUGUGUUAACCGAGGGACCUUUAUAUUCUGCUGCAUGAUGCAUUGAGCUUCCUCUUUUCACCUUGUGCAUUGGAUCACCCACCCAUCCUCCCUAUACUUAGGGUCUUGCUAUUACCUUGCUAUGCCAUCGUGGGUCAUCUGCUGUUGGGGCAGGGUCCCGGUAGGAAUUUUCCCAUUUGGCUGAUUGGCCGAUGCCACUUGGGUUUCACCUGCCACGUAGCAAAUCGUCACAACUUUGUAAGCUUUGGUGUUUAGGCAUUGGUUCAAGGUGGUCUGGAGCCUCCAAUGCGCAAAAGUAUUCUGUUAAAGGAAUCCAGGGAUUCGCCAUGCUUUUCUCGACCCCUUUCGGAGGGUAGGGCCACACAAGAGUCCCUGGGAGCAUUUGGGGUGAGCUUGACUCUGAUUCUGGACCAUUGCUCCUUCACGGUGUUUACCUGUACUGAUGAUAUGGUGGGGCCCAGUCGUCAGUGCUGCCUUGCAGGUGCAGCUAGUCAGGAACCAAUGCCUAAACAAACCACUAAUCAAUAAAAUAUUGGCCAAAAUUAUGCCAAUAACCUAAAACUAAAUUCCAUGUCAGUUGUGUCUUUAUUUAUUGGGAAGCUCCUGGGGAUUUUAACACGCAAAGGAAAUUCCAACUAAACAUGAGGAAGACCUUACUGAUGGUAAGAGCUGUUCAACAGUGGGACAGACUCCCUCAGAAAGUAGUGGACUCUCCUUCAUUGGAGGUUUUUAAGUAGAGGUUUGGUGGCCAUCUGUCAUGGAUGCUUUAGUUGAGAUUCCUUCAUUGGAACCCUUGAAGCCUCUUCCAACUCUUCAGUUCUAUGAUUCUAUACUUCUAAGUAUGAUAAUUUCCGAUCCCAUCCCAAACACCCCUUCAAGCACUGGGUUCCCUGCUGUCUUAGGUUACUCUGUCCACUCAUCCUUACUGUUCCCUCUGUAUGAAACUACCUUCCUGGACAUGAAUGCAGAACACUGUUAUUCAUUUCCUUCAAAAUAUUUUCCCGUUGCCAAAAAGCCAAGCUGCCGAUCUGUCUUAAAAGCCGCUUGUUUCUUUGGCAUCCGAAAAUACUGCAAAGGAAAACACCAAGCCAUUUUUGGCUCUCUGCAUAGUUUCUUCCAAAACACACUCACACGCCGUUGUGGAUCACAGAAAUGCUGUAUCUGGACUAUAUGGAUGUUUAAAUAUUAAAAAGAGUCCCAGGGCACCUUGCAAUAACCAAACGAAAAGUAAUAAAAUCCACACUACUGUGAAAGAAGUUAUUAAAGGUUCACGGUCCUUCUGUAUGCAGUCAUAGCUACCUAAUGCAAAUACUGCAAUUCUGUGUGUGUUUAUGCAGUGUGGGGACUAGGGCUUACUCUCAGGAAAGUGUGCAUAUGACUGUAGCAUGAUUUUGGACUAAGGUUGUACAGUCAUAUAUACACACACACACACACACACACAUAUAUAUAUAUAUGUUCUUCGGGUUAAGUACUUAAUUCAUUCCGGAGGUCUGUUCUUAACCUGAAGCACCACUUUAGCUAGUGGGGCCUCCUGCUGCUGCCGUGCUGCUGGAGCACAAUUUCUGUUCUCAUCCUGAAGCAAAGUUCUUAACCCGAGGUACUAUUUCUGGGUUAGCGAGGUCUGUAACCUGAAGCAUCUGUAACUGAAGCGUAUGUAACCCGAGGUACCACUGUAUAUUUCUUUUUUACUUCUGUUGAAAAUUUAUCUUUCUUUUAGUGGAAUUCAGAUUUUGGUGUAAGUGUGCUAUACUAUGGCAAGGAAUUGGUCAACUUUGGUUUAUUUCAGCUUCUCAUUUUUUCCCAAUCCUAAAUUCAGUUCUCCAUGUUUCAAACAAGAGUUUCCGUUUUUAAAAAGACGCCCCCAUGAAAAUUCUUCCACAUUUUAGUUGUGAAUUUCUCCUAACACACACAUUUUCCCAAAGCAACUUCCCCUGAUAUAAUGUAUUUUAAUGUCAUUUAUUUAUGAUGUGUGAGUCUUUGUGCCCACUUUAGCCUAGUAUACGCAUUUUUGUCCACGUUACUUAGCUGCAGAACUGCAAUGCAAAAAUCAGAGAAGUGUGAAUUAGGUAUGUUUUAAAUGCAAACGGAAUCCAGUUUCUUCUCCAUUCCUAGCCAUGGCCUUUUCUCAAGCUGCCCAGUAAUGGUGGAAUUCGCAUGACGGAAGUCCCCACAUUGGUUUCUUCUAAGAGAAUUCCAUUUAGGCUGCAUAUUAAAAUGAAGAAACUUAAUUCAUAAAUCAUUGACCAGAAGUGGCCCAUCCCAAUUUGCAAAGUGGGAACAUGGUGCCCUCUGCCCUCUCUGUGCCCUCUGCCACCACACAAUUCCACUGGAAAGUUCCCCGUCUUGCUGAACUCAGUGAGAUGGGGGAAGCAUUCUGCAAGGUGUGGAAAUGGUGGGGCAGGUGGGUUCCCACCUCUUGCACUUCCACCACCUGAGGUGGACAAAUACACAGACUAGAAAUUUAACUAUCAUCCGGCUCUUGCAUGUCUCUGAACAAGGCACUACACUGUGUCCAAAAUGCAGCCUUUGGGAAAUAAUACAUUAAGAAAUGCAGAUUUAACAUAUCUAAAUACAUAAAAUAUUUAGCCACAUAAAGUACAUUUAGAAAUUCAUAGACUGAGAUAUAAGAAAAUACAUAUUUAAAUACAAACGUUUAAUGUGGGCAUGGGAGAGACUUAUGAAUGAACUGACAGAGAGAAUAAAUUGGCAAUCUGUCCAUCCCUAUGUUCUCCACAGUAUUCCUCCUGUCAGAAACUGGAGUCACAUUGUAAUAGGCUCCUCUCCCAAGAUCACAGACUUACAACAUUACCAGGUAGCAGAGAAAGAAGCUGCCAUUCAGCUAAUUCUGUACUGCUAAAGCCAAUGCUAAAAAUGGUCCCUCAGUCUAAUGGAGCAGACAAGAUCUAAUACGAGAUGAAUCUCUCUGAUGCUAUGCUUCCCAGAAAGGCUGAAACCUUCCAAUCAAUCAGGAUUACACAGUUUAAUAAUGACCCCUGUAUAUUUCCUGGCAGUCUUUCAUCCCAUGCUAAUAAGAAAAUAUGUUCAUCAGAUUUAUAAAAACAACAACAACAAGCUAUUAAGAAAUAUUGAAGGAUUUUGUCCCCAGCAAAACAAGAAGCAAUCGGUUAGCAGGCAAUCAAUAAUUUAUUGGAAGAAAAUCCUAACCCCCCCCAAAAAAAAUCCAUAAUGCGCUAGCUUGGAUGUUGGCAAUCUCUGCUCAUUAUGGUCCCAGGUUCUUAUUUAAUGUGUUUUUAGCAGUCUGACAAAUUAAUCACUGAGACCAUAUUUUUGACAAUGCCAUAAUCACAUUCAAUACAAAUGUGUCUUUUGGUCAUAGCUGCAUCCUCUCAACUAUCUUUUGCAAGCAGCACAUGAAAGUAAUGACAAAAAGGGUUCUUAUUCAGUGAAGUCAUUUUGAGUUACUUUCUUUGUGGCCUAAGGGCUGGGGAGGGGAAUCUGGUUCAUUCAGUUAGCAUUCAUAUAGAUUGCUUGGAUUUCUAAUUUUCGGAAAACUCUGCUAAUGUCAAAACAUAACCAGGAUGCCCUAAUUAACCAAGCCUUGGAUCUGAUGCUAUUAUAUUAGAAUUCCCAUCUAUUCGAUGCUGCAGAUGAUUGACCAGCCAAUAAAUUGAUCUGAACAAAUAGUGGAAUAGAAGUGCCUAGUAGCAGUGAUCCUCAAAUCACACAACCACAAUAUUAAAGGUAGUCCUGUUCAGAGCUUCAAAAGUCUGUUUUCAAAAGCAACUAUUUCAAGUUUGACACAUCCAAAAAGGAACUAAUUCAAGUUCAUGUUUACCCUGAGUUUGGUUCACUUUAGUUCAUGGUUUAGUUCAGAACUUCAUCUGAAUGAUAUUUGGCAAAUACCGUAUUUUUCGCCCUAUAGGGCACACUGGCCCAUAGGGCGCACCUAGUUUUUUUUGGUGGGGGGGGGAUAAAGAAAAAAUAUUUUAUUCCCCCCCCCCCGGCACGGGGCUGGGGAAGCCCGAGCUUGCCCCGACCCCAGCCCCCAGAACAGGCUGCUAUCCGCAAGCCUUGGGAGCCCGGCGGGAACUCCCGCAGGCUCCCAAGGCUUGCGGAUAGCUUCCUGAAGCCUGGAGAGCGAGAGGGGUCGGUAUAUAAAAAAAUAAACAGCAUAUUAUUUGCUUAAAAAUAUUAAUGUAAAAAGUGUGAGUGGAAAAUGUGUACAGUGGGAUGGAACAGCACACAACAGGACAGGAUGGGCCUAUGAUCAAGUGCCGGCAAGGCCAAAAUGAGAACUUUUGCUCUGCAAGUUUGCAAUCACCUACGAGAAUAAGGCCUACAUAAAGGCAAUUGUGCCAAAAUGUGUCAGUUGUACUGAACAAUAACACCGAUCAUGGUUUUGGCAUCCUCGAGUCGUAUUUCUCCUUUUUCAUUCUACCACAUUUAGCCAUGCAGCUAGGCCAGUAUAUCUAUUAGUUGCUACAAGAUUUUGUGUGUGGAUAGAGUACUAAGGUUUUGAUCUGAGAAACGUUGUUCAAGGUACUUACCAGUUUCCCCGCUUUUCUCCCAAUAAUACCAUGUGUGAUGUGAUUGCAUAGCAUUUUGUGUCCCCCUUCAGUUUAUAUUAUGCAUUGUUGCUGGGGCAGAGGAGCACACAACCCAAUCCCACCACACUAUGAGUUUACCUGACUAAAUGUUAUGGGAAGAGAAAGCAGAACUGGAUGCUGGGCUGCUGCUUUCAGCAGGUGCCCCGUGGUCCUAAGAAAAAAAUAAUACAAUGCAAUCUUCUUCUCUUUGGCGAUCACUCGUAGCCAAGUAAGAUUGUCUUCCAUAAACACAGUUUUAACAAUGAGUCCAUAAGUGACUGUGGAGGCCAAUUCUGGACCCACACGUCCUUCCAUAGUGGGGACAUUGGUUCCUGGGCAGGAAUUGAUCACGGUGUGGAUUUGCCAAGCAUGCCUUCCUCAUAACACCUUUUUCCCUUGCAUUCUGAGUUCGAGUGUCUUGAAAGUCCAAGACACCUUUGGUAAAGGCUGUUCUCCAACUGGAGCGUUUGUAGGCCAGUGUUUCCCCAUUGUCAGUGUUUAUACUACAUUUUAUAGGGAAAUCCCCUUUAAGGGUAUUAUAAGGAAAGUGGGAGCAAUAUGUAGAUGCCAGAAUCAUUAUCUUUUACAUCUACAGGAGGCUUUAUCAUAAUACUGGAACUUGGCACCAUCCACUGAAACUAAAUAAUGGAAGAUUCAGGACAGACAAAAUACUCCAUGUAGUGCAUAGUUAAAACUUUAGAAUCUGCUUCCCCAAGAGGUUGUGAUGACCAACAGCUUGGCUUGAAAGAGGAUUAUACAAAUUCAUGGAGGCAGGGCCUCAGUUUCCAGUGGCACCCUGUGCAGUGCCAGAAUUUGGCACCCCCUGACUCUCACUCUCCAUUCUAAAUCAUAGCUGUGGCAUCCCCUGUGGAGCCCCUAGGGAUCCGCCUGUGCCCAGUGAGAUUGAACCAAUCACACUUCUCUAAAUCCACCUCUGAUGGAGGACAAUCUUAUCAAUGGCUGCUAGCCAUGACAGCCAUGUUAUAACUCUAUCUACUGUUGGAGGCAGUAUGCCUCCGAAUAGGGGCUGCAGGUGGCUCUGUGGUCUAAACUACUGAGCCUCUUGGGAUUGCCAAUUGGAAGGUCAGCGGUUCGAAUCCCCAUGACGGGGUGAGCUCCCGAUGCUCUGUCCCAGCUCCUGCCAACCUAGUAGUUCGAAAGCACGCCAGUGCAAGUUGAUAAAUAGGCACUGCUGCGGCAGGAAGGUAAACGGUGUUUGCUUGCGCCCUGACUUCCGUCACUGUGUUCCAUUGUGCCAGAAGCGGUUUAGUCAUGCUGGCCACAUGACCCAGAAAGCUGUCAGUGGAGAAACACCAGCUCCCUCGGCCUGAAAACCAGAUGAGCGUUGCAACCCCAUAGUCACCUUUGACUGGUCUUAACCAUCCAUGGGUCCUUUGCCUUAACCUUUGCCUCUGAAUACCUGCUGCUGGGAAUCACAAGUGGAGAUGGUUCUGUUGCUUGUGGGUUUCCCAUGAGCACUGGGUUGGCCAGUGUGGGAACAGGAUGUUGGACGAGAUGAGGCUUAGAUCUGAUCCAAUAGGGCUCACUUCUUACAUUCUUACAUUUGUUUCCUGGUAAGAAGCAACUUUGAAAGGCCAGAAUAGUGCAAAUUCUCACUUAUUUUACAGUUUACAUGCCUGGAUGAAUUUACAAUGCCAAGUCUAUCCAAAGUCCAAAGGUUAAGACCAUGUUAAGACCUUUAUCGCCAUUUGCAUAUUUUAUAAUGGCUAUCAUUAGCUGAUAAUGAGCCGUUAGCUUUCAUUAGCUCUUCAAAUUAUUGCCAUUAGCUUACUCCAAGUCCUUCCCAUUCCAAUGUAAAUCACUAUUUUUGGAUCCCCUUUCCUACUUUACAGGUCACUCCCAGGAAUAUUUGAGUCCCUGCUUGCUGCACCCUGGGAGGAUUCCCACUUCAUGCCAAAAUGGAUCGGCGAUAUAAUAUGCUGGCAAAAUAGAAUGAUGACGUUCUCUCUUGGUCCAGAAAAAUUAUCUUCAAAUUAAAUCACAUUUGCAGUGCAUGCCAUGAAGACAAAUGGAGAGCAAAAUAGGAAUAAAAUGGUGAACAAUCAA